GUAAUGAUAAGGGCGACGUGUGAGUUUUGUCUUGAUGUUCUCACGUGAAUCAGAGGCAUAAACCGCAGGAGGUGUAAUUGCCAGUCUUCAUUUAUUUCUGUAUUUAUUCUGUACUUAUUAUGUUUCUGUACUUUCUUCAGAAGAAACUUUCACUUGGUGUGAGUGUGGCAAGGAAUGAGUCAUUGUGAGGCACUUUGUAAAGCAUUCUGAGUCACUGCGCAUAUGCAGGCAGCUAUUGCUGAUCUGUAGGAAAGAACAAAUCCUGUUUUCAAAGGCAGCGUUAUAAGUUUUGUUUUUUUCUUCUUCUUUCUACUGCAUGUGUGCAGUUCCGGUCACUCAUCUUCUGAAGUAAAGCAAAAGAUGGUUUUUUUUUUUUUUUCUUUAGUAAAGCAAAAGAUGUUCUGCACAAAGAUUCUUCUUCACCUCUGUGAAACCACACUGAGUCUAGCAGUGCCCUGCAGACCUAAAAGGAGUUGUCCAUCAGUGUCAGACUGUGGGAUCAGGCACCUACUGCAUAAAGAGAUGCAUUUUCUUUAUAAGGAUUAGUGUGUUUCCUCUUGUCGUGUUUGCAGUCAUAAAUGAGGAACUUGCAUGCCACUAUUCUUUCAGUAGCAGACUUACUAUGAUCUUUGUUGUGACUGGUUAACUCACUGUGCUUGUCUGUUUCCAACUGUUUGGGAACACUUGCACCAACUGUUCUUCCUUUCCUUCUUUUUUUUUUCCUCCUCUUGUCUGUUAUGGCUAAUCUCAGCAGAAUGUCAACUAAAGGCCCAUCUUUUGUUCCAUGAUGUGGUGAUCCCAUAUGUGGUCAGGUGUUGUUUGCCUAUAGUUAUACUUCCAGCUAGUAAUGUGUGGCUGUAAAUUGAAGGGGAGUGGACAGUUUUUCUUGCACAUCUGGACUUCAGGUUUGUGUGGAAAUUUAUUUUUUUUCAUAUUUAUUCGUAUAUUGGAGAGAGGGUGGGACUGAAGCCAUGUAUAGGCACUGAGAUUUCAGUGUAAAUAAAAAAAAAAUUAAGAAAAAAGGAAAAAAGCCACUGCUUCUGCUUUCCAACAAAGUAAACAGUCACUGGAAAAACUUUGAUAAAAUUAGAAAAUUAAGGCUGUGUUUGUUCAUCGGUGGUUUGUUGUAACAAUUAUAUGAGUAACUGGCAAUAGCUGCUGGCCAUGGCCUACAUCUGCCCUAUAUUUAAGGUUUUUGUUGUUUUUUUGUUUUUUUUCUUUUUUUGGACUAGUUUUGGUGUGCUCUGCUGUGCAGAAUUUCCGAAGUGUGUGAUUUGAGGAAGAAACUUGUGAAUCCUUAUGUUCAUGUUAAGAGUUUGAGUAUAUCUGGUGGGCUUCUGUAGUUUCAUUUCUUCUGGAAAUGAUGCAGUUCACAUGUACCUAAUGGCUCUGCAAACUGAACCAGUGGGGAUGAUAAGAGUUUCAGCUAUCUGCGGUUAGAGGAGUCAAAGGCCAGCAUGCUAAGAAUAUUUACAUUCUUUUUCUUCUGAUGUGUAUGAUAGCUUUUUAUGACCUUCUUUAUACUGCUGGUUGUUCACAUUUGAGAGUUGCUGUACCUAGAGAAAAUAUGAAAAAUGUUACCAUAAGAAAACAGAGCUUGGCGGGAGCUAAGAAGUAAAAUUACAUUACUUCUGGAUAUUGCCAUUCAAGGAUGAAUCGUGGGAGAGGGUACAGGGAUGUCAAGUGGGGGUCAGGAUCCAAAGGAAUGGCAGACAAGCUUUUAGAAGGCUCUCACAGAGGAGGGUGUGCAGAUGCAGUGCAGAAAGUAAGGCUGUAGCUGUGGGUGUAAUUCAGGCCAGACAGAAAAUGUUCCUGAGUCAAAAUGUAGCUGCCAUUUACAGUCAAAUUGCAGUGGACCUUGUGUGUGGUAUAGCACAUGGAAUUCAGUUGGUAUCUUAAAGAUUUUAUCAGUUAUUUGCCUGAUUGUUCAGACUGCUGAGAUGAUUUCAUGUCUUGUGGUGUUGCAGUUUGAGUCCCACUGGACUGGAACAGGAAGCAGUCAGUGGAUUUGCUGAGAAUGAGAAUACAGCCUGGAACCCUUGGUAUUGCAAUUAGAUGUCUUGUCAUAAGUGACACCAUAGCUGAAGAAUUACAGCUGCCACUUGUAAUGGUGUGUUCAUUUAAUUUUUUCUCUUAGGAUGACAGUGAAUGUUACAUGUAGGACUGAACUGAAGGCUUUGUUCCCCUUAUACCUUAUCUUACAAUUAAAAGAGGUAAUGGGCAAAAUAUAUCCUCGUAUUGACACUGAGUGAAAUUUUCUUGUUUGUCCACAUCCUUAUCCUAGAUGCAUGUUCAUAUUUAGUAAUGUGUACCACAUCCCUACAGAAGAGAGUCUGAAUGGCAAGGAGAGUGAUGAUGAUACACAGAUUCUUGGUGCUGAGCCAACUUCUUUCUCUGUGCUUUUCAGCCUAGUUUCUAAUACGUAUGCAGCAAAAUGUGAGAGUGGCCACUAAAAUUUCAGUGAGAAGCUAAUGCAGGAAGAGCUGUGGAGAGGUGGGUAAGACAGGAAAAUGGAGUCGGAUUUGAUUCCUUGCCAGAUAUGAGCAGCACGGCCCUUCUAUAAAAGUAAAGGUUAACUUUUCUGGCUGUAUCUUCUAACAAGUAUUUUUACUGUAGUGGUGUAAAGAUUUUGAUGUGCGUUGUUAUAGCUUAAUUUGCCAUUAAGGGUACUCCAUACUCCAUUAAUCUACACCAAUGUACUUGAGAUAUUUUACACGAUCUCUGCAAAACGUGUUUACUGGAGAUGCAUUCCUUGGAAGGUUCACUGAAUCAAAGCUGCUGAAAGCCAUUCACUAACCUGGAGCCCUACAAUGCUGGGAGUCUCUUUAGGAGCAGGGCUUCUAAUUAUGUAGGUGACAGUUUCCAGUAGCUGCAAGUUUUGUUCUGCAUUGUGAACAUUUUCACUGUUUUUUCUAGUUGCUCUUUCCUGUCUGUGCACCAUCUUGUUUCUCUGUUGACUUGUUCCUUCCCUUGGAUUUCUUUUGCAUUUUUAUUUUAACCAGGAUAAAUAGGAGGAGGCUGGCAAAUACUGAUUCCUCCUAAUGCUCCCAAAGAGCUGCCUUUCCUCUGCUGCCAGAAGCACUAGGAACUGUCUAGAGAUAUUCUUUCAACCAUUGCUUUUGUCCCAGCAAAAGCAGUACGGAUCAUACACUGGACCUACCUAUGCUCUGACAUGCUGGUUUUUGUUCCUGGUGCUGAUUUGCCAUCCGAUACCUCAGACAGAACCAUUACCCCUUUGAUAAGACAGGAACAGAAUGGAGAGUAACCAGGGGAGGACAUGACAUAUUGUUGGUCUCACAAAUAGGUUGUAGCCCUGUGGAGCACCAUGGCAGAACAUACAAAAAUGAAGCUAGAGUUGAGGAGGGUGCUACUGAGAGCCUUACAUCCUCUCAUUUAUCUUACUGAUUGCAGUCAGUAAUUAACAGCGGUCUUUAUAUAAAUCAUUCUGUAGUCCUGCUGCAAGGACUCUAUUAAUGCACAAUUUGGAUGGAAAAUUUGAAUUCAGAAAGGUCACACAGUGUUUUGCUAAGACUCCAUUGUUGCAGUAAAACCUGGUGUACGCAGCAUUACCUGCUUUCAGACUUCUUUCUAACAAAAGCAGGUAGUUCUUGAUGCAUGUACUUAUAUUUUGUUAGAUUGUGUAUUUUACUUGCUAUGUGGUAAAUGUGAUCUAUCUGUAUUAUAGCUGUAUAUUGCAAUAGAACUUUAUAAAUGAUAGGUAAAAAAGUUUUGAAACCAUUUUUCAUGACUGCCUUUGUAGCAGGUGUUUGUAUAUUGCUGUUUGACUGCUAUAUUUGCAGGUGUUGUUAGGAUAUAAGAAGCUCAGGAAAGUGAUAAUGCAGCAGUCAGUGAUGCUCUUGUCCUCCUUGGAGAUCUGUCACUUGCCUAGCUAUUUUUUCUUCUCCAUUUUUUUUCUUUUUUCUCUCCAUUUUCCAAGAGGAGGCAAAAAAAACCUAACCAACCAACCAAAAAAACCUGCCUGUGCACUAAACAGUGGUUGAAUGGAUGAAUGUAUUUUAGUACCAAUGUCAGAGAGAGCUGUAGUCAUUGUGGCCUCUUCUGACUUUGAGUUUGGACCAUGGUUUGCUGUGCUGUUGACACUUUGAGACCUGGUGUUCUGAGAAAUAGACUGAAUGGGCUGAAAUAAAGGUUUUUUCUAUUUCAGAAAAAGAAAUUUCCAUGGCUAAUUUGUACACCCUUGCUAGGGGGUAUAAUGUGCCAGGGACCAGAAGCAUUGAUUGCCAUUAUCCAUAUUCUAUGUUAGUGUUCAUUCCUUGGUUUGAGUUAGGAAGCAGACUUCAGUGAUUGGUUCUAGAGAGAUGAGGUACAUAAUUGCUUAAAUUAACUUCUCCAAAAUUAUUUACUAUACUGCAGCAAAUAAAUUAACAAUGCAGUAGCAAUAAUAUCUAACUGUAUAUGUUCAGGAUUAUCUUUUUCAAUUCAAUGGAAAUACAGUUUCAAUUCAAUGGAAAGAAGAAUAUUAAUAGCAAAAAAAGCUGUAAUUAAAAGCACUAGCAGGCGACUGACUAGGGAUGGAUCUUUCUCAAACUUCAGGUGUGAAAGUGCUUUUCAGCAAAGCACUCAUUGUACCUGCAGGUGUGAACCUUAGUGUGAAAAAGUCAUUGCCAGAUAAAUGCCACCUCAGGAAAGUAUUGUUGUCUAGUCAGUAAUAUUAAACUUUAUGCAAUCUACUUGCUGUAUGUACACUGAUAGCUUUUCACCCUAUAGGCAAGUUAGAACAUACAGUUGGCCUCUUUUUGUUACUUAGCAGUUACCUAGGGCUGGUACUUGUUACAAGCUCAGAUUGCUCCAUCUGUUAGAGGAAAUUCUCUUGCUUCUCCAAGUUCUUGCUGGUGUUGCAAGAGCUCUUUUACUAUUACUAUUUAGUAAUUACUAUUGUGCUUUAGUGUUCUGACACUUUUGUUUCCUUGUUUCCAUAUGCAUGGUGAUUUGGGAGCUGUUGUUUUGCUCUUUAUUUGUCCACUUUGCAGGAAUUCAGAUCAGAUACCAAGACCCUGACAUGCUAAGUAAAACUAAAAAGGGAAGAAAGCAGGUUUAUUAAUUUUUUUUUUUUCCCAGUGAAGGAGGUAUUUCAGAAUAGGAUUAUAUGUAAAAAGUAAAAACUGUGGUUGAAACAUGUGGCACUUGUUGCCUUAUGGAGGGCACUCUACAGCUGUCAUUGGCACCUGUAACCUACUGAAACUGGCAUCAUACCUUCUUAGUGGGCUCUACAUCAAAAUAGCAGAUGGGCUAGAGCAGAAUCUUGCCAGAAAACAGUUUGUGCACCACGUUUAGAAUAUUAGAGGCCUGAGCUCCUGUUUGAGAGUGCUGUAAGAGCAGACCAUGUGUAGCUUUUCUGCCUAGGGUUAAAGGAUGUAUCAUGCCUCUUCCAGCUCAGAGUAAUUAACUUUGAAAGGCAAACGGGAGCUUCUGUUGCUGUGGAAUGCAAAACUUUAGCUUUGGUGAAUCACAAAGGUUUCACAGAGAGGUGUGUAAGCAAUACAGUGAAAUUUCCUGCCAGUACUGAGUGUCCUUCACUUGGAGGCAUUCAUAGGUGUCAGCAAAACGCUCUGACAGUUAAGCACAAUUUUCUUUCAAAACGCAGUUUACUUGUGUCCUGUGGAAGAUGAUUUCACAGGCGAGGCAGAUGGACAUGUAUGUGUAAUUCAUGUAAUAAAGCUACAUUUGUAAGUCUACCUAGAAGAGGAAUGUAGGAAAAAAUAUUCAUAAACAUUGCUUGGAAAAGAGUGUGUCAAGGAAGUGAUGAUGCAUCAUCAGACACUUAAAGCACCGAAUGUUUCAGUUCUUGGGGAAACACUGAAUGGAAGGAAGUGCUGGGGAGGGAGGCUAAGAAGCCAUGUUUUUUUGCUUGCCUUUAAAUAUUUGCAUUAAUAUUCUCCAUAUGUAGGAUAUAUGUGUAAUUGUGUACUAAACAGCAGAUGUUAUUUCUUGUUUAUUUGUUUACAUUCUGGUUUUAGUAACUGUAAAGCUGCAACUUGGAUUACUUUCAGUUGUUAGAUGCUCUGAGUGAUGCUUUUGUCAGCCAUUGGAUUUAACAGCUGUUGGCUGACCUCAGUGGGGUCAGAGUUUUUUCAGGUUUUUUUAUUGGUAGCUUGUAACAUCGGGUUGUGGUAUUUCUGAUUAGGUACCCACUGAAACAAAGCGAAAGCAUAAUGCUAGCAACCCAAGAACUUCUGAAAUACUUUUUUCACGUUGCCAAAACAAAUAUAUCCUCAAAAUAUGCAGCAGUGGCAAAGACACCAGCUGUGGACAGGAGCGGGGAUAUUUUGCUAACUACCAAAUCAGUGCUGUUUUCUUUUCCACAGUGUAAACUUUGUCAACAAAACUGGUUCUGUGAGAGCUAUUGAAAAUAUUUCACCGUAUUCCACAUGUGACUGCCACAAAUUAACUGCUAAAUCUGUAACAAGCACAUUUGAACUGGCAAGUAGAAUCGACACCUUUCUUUGUCUGACUGCAUGCAAUUGUGCUUGUAGUUGUAGGAAAGCACAGUUUCUGUUCUAACAGCUCUUUCUGUUAUCAUGCCGUAUUAACAUUUACAAAGCUACGUUGGUUAAGGUUGUGGCACUCAGCAACAAAUUGGAUGAAAUCUGUGAUUCAGGUGGAUGAUAAGACUAUAACUGCUGUGCCUAGAUGAAAUUAGGAAAUUCUGGACAACGUGAGGUAAGUUAUUUGCGGUGUUCUGUAGGCACUAUAGUCACAAGUAAUGACCAACACUGUGUAUCCCACCACACUGCUUUGUUUCAGUAUUUCUGUACUUUGCAGUGGCAUGAGAGCCGUGAUUGUAAAAUGAAGGAGAGGAAAGAAAAAUCGAGCUGUGCCCUUUGCAAAUGUUUUGUGGGACUCUUCUUGGCUUGAGAUGGAAGCAGCCACAGCCCCUGCACGGAUUCAUCUUGUGCCAGUGUUAACAGUUAGGUACACAGUGGUUUUGACUGUGUGCAUACAUGAACACUCUUCCCCCCGACGUAAGGAAACUGCAUCUGUAUUUCAUAUGAGCAACACAGUGUAAAGUGGGAACUCUCACAUUUGUUGUGCUAUUUUAAGAUACCCUUUGCAAACAUAAUCUCACCAUAUAGUGCUUCUGGUACUCUGUGUGUACUUAUACGCCAUCAGAGACCUCCUGCAUAUCAGCAUUGCCCUCCUGCAGGGUCUCUGCUUACUGUCCUGCAGUCUAGCAUUUAACUGAUUGUAAUAUUAUAAAUAGCCAUGUGCUACCACACAGAACGAGGCUAGCACAUGGCUAAUUACGAGUAUACAGUAAUUAACUAUGAGCUAAACUCGCAGGAGAGUCUGUGGUGGUGGUCUAUGAGGUAUGUAAUCAGACUGUUUGUUAAACCUUGGGAGCCUUUCCAGUCUGUUAAGUAACUAUACAUAGUAAUGAGACCAUUUUUUAAAAACCAUUUAUGUAUAUUUAUGGACAAAAAAAUAGUCUGUUUUAUUUCUGCGCCAUGGGUAAAUGCUGCUGCCUGAUAUUUGAAUAGUUAAUUAAAAUACACAAUAAAAGGUACAUAGGCAACUUCUAGCUAUCUGUAAGUAUGCGAUUAUCUGAGCUUUAUGUGCAUAAGAGGUGUAGGAUAUUAUCCGUUCUGUAUGUUCUGCCUUAUUUCAUGUACGUGAGGUAAGGAUGAUCAUUCAGUUUUUCCUUUUGUAUAUUUGAAAGUCAUUUUCUAGAGCAUCUGUUUCUCUGUUGUCUUGAGCUUUGUCUAAAAGUCUCUUCCUUUUCACAUUGUGACAGAUUGCAGUUAGGUUUGGUUUUAUUUUUCUUCAGGAUAUUCAUUCAGCAUUACUCCAAAAAGCAUCUGCACAGUUACAAUGUGAGAACCAUGAGGGUUAGGCCCUUUUGCUGGGCUAUCUCCUGUUAAUUGCUCUUCUUCGUUACCCUGACAGCUGUUACUGUCUGUUCCAGAUUACAUGAAUGAGGCCUCUCUUUAUAAAAUGUCAAGAUGUCUACAGGGAAGUUAGAUCAGUCUUUGAAAUACAUUUGUUACUCCUCUGUACCUAUCAAGCCUCAGUUAAGUAAUUUGGUAUUGAAAUAAUUUUUUUAUACACAGGUUGUUUUCUGAUCCGUGUCAGUAAGAGAGUGCAUCUAAUUCUGCUUGAGUAGUGUGACAUUAUUGAAUACAAUGAGAACACAUGGGAUGUGUUCUUUUAAGCUAGUAUCUUCAGCUGUUAGCACCUAGCCCACGUGUGACAAAGAAAGAUAAAAGCCUCAGCACCUGUGCCUUAAUUCCCAGUUUAGUACAAGAAAAUGCUUCCCCUCAUAUUCAUGUUCCAGUAGAAGAUGAUGCAACGCAUGUAAUUAAAGUGGAGUAUCUUGAAAAUGGCCCCUUAUUUUCUGAACUGAAAUUUUACCAACGGGCUGCAAAACAAGAGCAAAUAAGAAAAUGGAUGAAUCUCAAAAAAAUAAGAUGCUUAGGAAUCCCAGUGUUUUGGGGAUCAGGCUUGGCUGAGCACAAGGGAAAAAGCUAUAGAUUCAUGGUCAUGGAGAGACUGGGGGAAGACCUUCAAAGAAUCUUUCAAGACUGUGGAAGCAGAUUUAAGAAGGAGACUGUUCUGCAACUUGGGGCACGAAUGCUGGAUACUUUGGAAUAUAUACAUGAAAAUGAGUAUGUUCACGCUGACAUUAAAGCAGCAAAUCUGCUGUUGGGCUACACCAAUUCACGUGAGGUUUAUCUUGCAGAUUAUGGACUUUCCUACAGAUAUUGUCCCAAUGGGAACCACAAACAGUAUCAGGAAAAUCCUAGGAAGGGCCAUAAUGGGACAAUAGAGUUUACCAGCAUAGAUGCCCACAAGGGAGUAGCCCCGUCCAGACGAGGUGACCUUGAAAUCCUUGGCUACUGCAUGCUGCAAUGGUUAUGUGGGAAACUGCCGUGGGAGCACAACCUGAAGGACCCCGUAGCUGUCCAGGCUGCAAAGACAAAACUUAUGGAUGAGCUCCCACAUUCGGUGAUGGAAUGGAAUUCUUCUGGAAGCAGCUGUAGUGAACUAUCCAAGUUUUUGGUGUGUGUUUAUGGCUUAGCUUACGAUGAAAAGCCAAAGUACCAAGAGCUUAAGAAAAUCUUGCUGGAUGGACUGAAGAGGAGCGGAAUUCCCUAUGAUGGCCCUCUGGAAUUUUCCACUGCAGGAUGCGCACAAAAUCACUGUGCUGCUAAAGCAUCAAAAGCUCGCUUACCAAAGCCUAUGCCAAAACCAGCUCAACAGAAGCAAGAAAAGAUGGAAAGUGAGGAAAACAUCUGUCAAAACAAGGCCAGGACGCGAGCAAGAGGCAGACUGCUCCAAGAUGAAGAGAAGCCAAGUAACUUGCACCGGACGAUUCCCCAAACAGAGCCUCAGCAGGUUCACUUACCAAAGCCUUCAGCAAACCCAGUGAGACACAGGCAGAAGGUGAAAGAGGAUGCCUCUAAGUACCCAAGCAGGCCCCAGGCUCAGAUAACGCACAGGAAAUGCCAUGCUGAAGAGAAGCCAAUGACACUGAACAGCACCAUGCAGGAGACUGACCCACAGAAGAAAGACACAGGAAGAGAAUUACCACCACUCAACCCCCAAGCAUCAUUCUUUGAGUCCAAAAGGAAACUAGAGCAGCUCUUAACUACAGCUCAUCCACUGUCUUUGCAAGAGCCUGGUCUUUCCGUACCCACAAUAUUUAGGCUCGCGUUUACUGAAGAAAGAUACCACUACAGUAUAGCUAUACUUGUACUUUUGUUUCUGAUAUUACUUUCCUUGUAUUUUCUUUGA